GGUGGGGGGAAGGGGGCCGCCAUCUCCUCCGGGCUGCGCCGCGAGGCCGGGGCGGCCGGUCCCGCUGCUGCCCCGGAGGGCACCAGGGGGCGGCUGGGGUCCCACUGCCCUGCCGCAGCUCCGAAGUGAGAAACGAGGACGGUGGCACUGCACUUGGUGGUGGUGAUGUGCUCAUGUCUUGCUUUGUUCUCACCUGAUCAAAGCCAUACAGAAGGAUUUAUUCCAGUAACUUUCAAUUGUAUUGAGGUUUGGAGAGACCAUUGACAGGAUGUUGGGAUUUCUGAAGAAUCCAAUUGUGAUUACUGCAGAGAUAAAUAUGAACCUCUUAGCAUUGACUGUGAUGGGAUUAAUAAGCCGUCUUUGGGGGCUGUCCUAUCCACGGGCUGUAGUUUUUGAUGAAGUUUAUUAUGGCCAGUUCGUUUCCCUCUACAUGAAGAGAAUCUUCUUCGUGGAUGACAGUGGCCCACCUUUUGGCCAUAUGCUGCUAGCUUUGGGAGGUUACUUAGGAGGAUUUGAUGGAAACUUCUUAUGGAACAGAAUUGGAGCUGAAUAUAGUAUGAAUGUUCCUGUUUGGUCCUUGCGAUUCCUGCCAGCGCUGGCUGGUGCUCUCUGUGUCCCUUUAGCAUACCAGAUUUUGGUAGAAAUGCACUUCUCCCACUGUACUGCACUUGGAGCUGCUCUUCUGAUUCUCUUAGAGAACUCUUUGAUCACUCAGUCAAGGUUCAUGCUCUUGGAAUCAAUAUUGAUAUUUUUUAUCCUGCUUGCAGUUUUGUCCUACCUGAAGUUUUACAAUUCGCAGAGCUACAGUUCCUUCUCUGGAAGCUGGUGGUUUUGGCUUCUUUUGACUGGAGUAGCUUGUUCUUGUGCAGUUGGAGUGAAAUACAUGGGUCUGUUCACCUAUAUGCUGCUUUUGGUCAUCGCAGGACUCCACUUCUGGCAUAUGAUAGGAGACCAGAACUUGUCAAAUGUUUCCUUGAUGUGCCAUUUUCUGGCUCGGGGGUUGUCCCUCAUCAUCAUCCCAGUGAUGAUGUACCUAUCCUUCUUCUACAUUCACUUGACUUUGCUGUAUCGCUCUGGGCCUCAUGAUCAAAUUAUGACAAGUGCUUUCCAAGCCAGCUUGGAGGGUGGGCUAGCUCGAAUCACUCAGGGUCAACCCUUAGAGGUGGCUUAUGGCUCUCAGAUUACUCUGCGGAAUGUGUUGGGCAAACCCAUGCAGUGUUGGCUCCAUUCUCACAAGAACACUUACCCCAUCAGGUAUGAGAAUGGCCGAGGUAGUUCCCAUCAACAGCAGGUGACGUGUUACCCUUUCAAGGAUGUGAACAACUGGUGGAUUGUCAAAGAUCCUGGAAUGCAGCAGCUGGUGGUGAGUAACCCACCCCGUCCUGUCAGACACGGACACAUUGUGCAGCUGGUCCAUGGCAUCACGACCCGAUUCCUCAACACGCAUGAUGUUGCUGCCCCUCUUAGCCCCCACUCCCAAGAAGUCUCCUGUUAUAUUGAUUAUAACAUCUCCAUGCCAGCACAGAACCUCUGGAGAGUGGAAAUUGUAAAUCGAGAAUCUGAUACAGACGUGUGGAAGACGAUUUUGUCAGAAGUGAGGUUCGUUCAUGUGAACACCUCUGCAGUGCUAAAGCUCAGUGGAGCAUCAUUACCUGAGUGGGGAUAUCGGCAGCUGGAGGUGGUUGGAGAGAAGAUAUCGAAAGGCUACCAUCAGAGCAUGGUGUGGAAUGUGGAAGAGCACAGAUAUGGGAAAAGCCAAGAGCAGAAAGAAAGGGAAGUGGAGCUCCACUCUCCUACACAGAUGGACAUCAGUAAAAACCUCAGCUUCAUGGCCAAAUUCGCAGAAUUGCAGUGGAAGAUACUAACAUUGAAAAAUGAAGAUACGGAACAUAAAUACAGCUCCUCUGCUCUAGACUGGAUCACGAUGGAUACAAAUAUUGCCUACUGGCUCCACCCAACCUCUGGGGCUCAGAUUCACCUCAUUGGGAAUGUUCUCACCUGGACUUCGGCUAACAUUGCUGCUGUGGUCUACGUGUGUUUGUCGUUGUGGUACUUAAUACGACGAAGGAGAAGAAUUUACGAUGUUCCUGAAGAUGCAUGGCAGCUCUGGGUAUCAGCUGGUAGGAUCUGUGUUGGAGGCUGGGCUGUGAAUUACCUGCCCUUCUUCCUGAUGGAGAAAACGCUUUUCCUGUACCACUACCUACCUGCCCUCACAUUCCAGAUUCUCCUGAUUCCCAUUGUGUUACAGCACCUGAGCAAUCAUCUCUGCAGAUCUCUGCUUCUCAAAAGCAUGUUUGGCGCAUUGGUUGUGGCCUGGUUCUCUUCAGUUUACCUUGUCUAUAGCACGUUCAGCCCCUUGACCUAUGGGGAACCCUCUCUGUCGGUUGCUGAGCUCAAGGAUUUGCGCUGGAAGGACAGUUGGAACAUCCUUAUCCGAAAACGGUAACAGCCUCCAUUAAACUGCCAAUCUUGUUACAGAACUGGGACAGGAAAAUAAGAAACCAUGAGUUUUAUCCUGAAUGCAAAGGUGGAUAAGGAGCACCACCACGCUGAUGCUGCUGCAAGAGAGCAGAGCAUUACCUCUGCGGGACAGCCUGACAUCCGAGUCUGUGUCGACAAAGAGCCGGAGAUGGAACAUGUCCCUAAUGUCUUGACUGUAGAACACCAGGAUCCCCUCAAAAAGAACAACAUCAGCUGGAUAAACCACUGUUGUCUCUGCCAGCCUGCCAGGGAAAAGAAAACAAAAGAGCACUUUACUAAAUGGAUCUUGCACCACAUUGAAAGGGUCCAUAAGGGCCAGCUGGUAAGUGGAGCAGCUCCUACAGCAAAUGGGGAGACAUCAACCUACACAAGCCAGAGACCUGGCACAAAACUGAAAACCUACCUAGAAUGGGUCACGAAGUCAUAGGUUGGUACCUCAACUGUUUUCCCCUCAACAAUAUUUUUCAAGGUUGUAUGCAUCAAAUCGUUAUCAAAAGCAUCUGCAAGAGGAAGGUAUAAAGAGGAAGAAGUUCAGAUGCUGCUAUACCAAAUGUUCGGCUCAGAUUUUCUAGUCAUGAAGGAGACGUUCACUGUCUAGUAUUACAUCGUGGGAAAGGGAACUUCUGGCUUAUUCUUUCCUACCAGCAAGAAUCCAACACCCUCCCCACCCCCAAAUUAUAAUCGCUGUAUUUGGUUACAAAGACAAGGAAGAGAGAAUUUGUUGUUUAAAAGCAACUACAGUAUACUAAAAUAAACCAAACGUGAAGUUGCCAUUCUUA